ACAGUAUUUUCAUAUUUUCGUAAAGAUGGGAGUUAUGUUAAAUGAUACUUAUGUUCAACUUGCUUUUGGAUCAUUAAUAAUGUUGGUUUCAUAUGUUUUACUGCGCCGAGUAAAAUAUUUAAAACUGAAAGAACCUCCUCUCGUACCUUACAAAUAUCCAAUUAUUGGUCACACAAAUGAUUUUUAUAAAGAUAACAAGAAUUUUAUUAAAAAAUGUCAUGCGGAGUACGGGGAAAUCUUUUCAUUAUUUGUGUUUGGUAAAGUUAUAACUUUUGUUGGUAAAGAACUUUCCUGUGAAAUUCUCAAGAAUCACAAAGAUUUUAGUUUUAUCGAAGCUAGCAGAGAGAACUUUCCAUUUGAAAAUUUUUUGAAUCGUCCAAACGAAUUCACUGAUACAUUUCCUAAAAUGGUUCAAAUAAAUUUAUCCGGGCAGAUAAAAUUAUAUACAGAACGAGUUCAGAGGCAACUAAUUAAAUCUAUUGAUGAAAUGAUUGGAAAUGGUAAAGUUUUAGAACCUCCUUUAAAAUUCUUUCAAUUUAUCAUUGCAAAACCGAUUGCUGCUACUAUGGUCGGUGAAGAGUUAUCUGAUGAUAAAGAAUUGGUGAAUUCGUUUGCUAAUGUUACAACAGAUUUUAUUCCGUUCUUAUCUAUUUCACCUGUUUUGAACUUUAUUCAUCCUUAUUUGCAUCAGCAAGUAAUGAUAAUCGUGUUUAAAUAUUUAAACAAUCCUUUUAAAAUGCAUAGAGAAUUGAUUAAAAAAAAGAUUACACCCGUGAUUGAAAAACGGUUACGUGAAAUGAAAGAAUCAGGCGAUAAUUACGUUUCUCCGAUUGAUAUUUUACAACGAUAUACUGAAUUAUUACAUAAAGAUUAUACUGUUGAUAUUGAUGUUGUAACUGAUUAUAUGAUUAUCUCCAUCUUUGCUUCUGUGCAUACAACUUCUAAUUUUCUUACAUUCUGUCUACAUGAAUUGGUAAAUAAUCCACAAUUUCUUAAAGAAAUAUUAGAAGAACAAGAGCAGUUAUAUAAAAGUAAUGAAAAAUCUUAUUAUUCUACCGAACAAAUCGCUAGAAUGGAGAAAUUAGAUAGUUUUAUUAAAGAAACUCUGAGAGUAAAUGUAAACAAUGUUGCAUUGCAACAUAAAACACUUUCUUCUUAUUUUACAUUUUCAAAUGGAUAUCAAGUUCCAAAAGGUCGACUUGUUAAUAUUUGUUCAGGAGAAAUUCAUUCAGAUAAAGAAUUACAAGGUCAAUAUGCUGAUGAAUUUAACGCGUUUCGAUACUUGAAAAAGAAUUCACCAGCAACACGCGCCGACAAAGUUUCCUAACAUUUGGUUUAGGGAAACAUACGUGUCCGGGAAGACACUUUGCUGUUAACGAAAUUAAACUUACAUUACAUUACUUAUUAUUAAAAUAUGAUAUUAAAAAGGCUAGUAUUGAAAAGAUUAAACCAAAAAUUUAUGGAGCUUUAAAAUUUCCUAGUGAUGAAGGAUUAAUAUUUGAAAAGAGAGAGUUAAAAUAGUUUUGGCACGUGACAGUCGUGACGUAACCUGAAUGUUAUUGGCGAAGUGGCAAUUUUAUUUUACUCAU